AUGUUUCAGUGGCACGUGAAGGACUGUACAUGCGUCCAGGAAGCAACGAGCUAUCUGGAGAUCUUCAACUACUCAGUGAGUGUUCUAAUCCGAGGGUUGGACUUGUUGAGGGCGCGGGGUAAGGUAGGGAAUGGGGGGUUUGUUGCUGACGGGAUAUUCGUUGUUCAGGAACCCUCGCACAACACAGUGGAGGAACACCGCUUCCGCCUGGACGAGCUGCCAGAUGAAUUCAGCAAUUUUCUACACCGAAGGGGGGCAUUUGCACCUCCGAAACUUCCCCCCGACGUCAAGCUGGUCAGCGGCGUGCGGUUGAUUCUCCAGCAAAAUGCGCAGCACCCCGAGACGUUCGCCACCCGCUACCUCUCCCUGUCUCACGAGGCGUACGAGGAGAUGGUCCGGGUCCUGCGGCUCCCGUUCCGCGCCGUCGAGGGCAGCAGCGUUGUAGGCCCCUUCUUCUGGUGCGCCUUCGACCAGGUCGACGAGGAUCCGCACCUGCAGAUCAUCUUCCGCAAGUCGGAUGUGCGCAAGAAGGGCAAGACGCGCGGCUGGGAGCUGAUGCUCUCGCACUGCUUCAGCACGGGCAUCACCACGGGCUAUGCCAAGGGCACGCCGUCGUCCGACAUGGUCGACUGCAUCAAGCACCUGUGGCACUGCGCGGCGCAGGUGAUGCACCCGCUGCUGCUGCCCAUGAUCAUCCUGAGCCACGACCUGUCGGCGCGCAACGACCAGAAGCAGCGCGACGCGCGCGAGUGGCUGCGCAAGCUCGAGCACGCCGUCAGCAUGCGCAACGAGGUGCUCGAGGAGGAGAGCCCGUACGUCAAGGAGUCCAUGGUCGACCUGGACCAGAUCAACCGCGACCUGGUCGAGUGCCACUCGCAGGUGCUGUGGAAGCGCCCGCAGGCCUACCAGGAGAUCAUCAAGAGCAUCUACCGCGCCAUGGACAGCUUCUGGUCCAAGGCCCAGGAGAUCCCGGCAUAUGGCGGGCCCUGCGGGGAGGUGCACAAGCUUCAUCGCAGUCUGCUGGCCAGGCUGGAUUUCUACCAGGCCAAGCUGAAGGGCAUCGAGAACUAUGCGCAUAUCACGCUUGAGCGGUUGACCAUCCAGCGGGCGGCGCUCUACAACAUCAUCGCGCAAAAGGAAUCCAAGCUCGGCCUCACCAUGGCCGCAGAGCAGCGCCGCCUCGCCCACGCCGCCAAGCGCGACAGCACCUCCAUGAAGAUCCUCUCUCUGUUGGGCGCCAUCUUCCUUCCCGCGACCUACCUCGCGUCGCUGUUCAGCAUGUCCUUUUUCGAUUUCAUCCCGGACAACAACAACAACGACUCCUCCUCCUCCUCCGCUAACUCCACCUCUUCGUGGUCGCCGGUCUCCCCGCUGCUGUGGAUCUACUUCGCCAUCUCGAUCCCGCUGACCCUCAUUGUCGUGCUUGGCUGGCGGUGGUGGGACAGACGGCGUGAGAUGCGGUACGCGAAAGAGGACGCCGACAUCGAGGCCGGCAUCGAGAAGAUGGAGGCGCAGAUCAUGGCGACCAUGCGGAAACGGACGCUGAGCAAAGUCCGUACGUGGGGCACGGGGGUCAGCCCCUAG